AUGCGGCCAGUCCCACAUUCUGAUGCUCCCCCAGAUCCAAAAAUACCAACGCAGUGGACACUGGAAGAUGAACCAGACGAUAAUAGUGACAAACCGGCGUGUGAUGAAGAACUUUAUGAUCACGAAGAUCAUGAAGUUCUUGUUUACACGCCAUCUGCUGCAUUUACAACCACAGGCAUUGUCGCAGACAGAAUUGAACAUUCUUGUACGAUCACUGUUUUGCUGACAGCGAGCGGGUCGUGUAACGUUCUAUUGGGAGAAGAGUACGGAAAAGUAAUUGAUGAUGAUCUCUGA